AAACAUGAUCUGUGGUGGUCGACAAGCCUUAGCUAACGUUAGCUAGUUAGCAAAAAUAUUGAAUCUCAAACAAAGGGGCGGUUGAUAAUUCCAACGUCCAGGCACCAGCAUCUGUCCUCCAGAAAUAAUCAUCAACUCCAAUAAAAACAACCCACCCAAAGACUAACGUUUUUAAUUUACCCGUUAACUAGCCUCUGUGCUAUACUUACUGGAAUUUACCACGCUCUUAAGCUAACGUUAGCUAGUUUUAACUUACGCUAACCUGGUUAGCUCUCACCGAAGUCCUUUUAGAAAAACGCUAUUAAAGCAAGGUGGCAGCUGACCUAUAUCAUCUAGUGAUCGAUACACCCAUUAUCUCUUGAUUUCAGGAUUAAUAUUUUGACCUGUUGGGACAUAAGUUUACGUAAGAGUUGAAAUGUAAAGGGCCGCUGAUGUGUCCUUAUUUGAAUAAUGUUUUAGCUCAACGUUAACGCUAGAUAACUGAACGACCAACAACGCAUUUUCUGGAUGGUCGAGAAGAGAGGGUUGUGACAAUAACAAGCUAUGGAGCAGUACACCACUGCCACCACUACUACCGGGGAGCAGAUAGUUGUGCAGACUGCCAAUGGACAGAUCCAACAGCAGACUCAGGGCACAGUGACGGCUGUGCAGCUGCAAACAGAGGCGCCAGUGGUGACGGCCUCAGGCCAGCAGGUGCAGACACUCCAGGUAGUCCAGGGACAGCCUCUGAUGGUUCAGGUGAGCGGUGGACAGCUCAUCACAUCAUCAGGGCAACCGAUAAUGGUGCAGGCCAUGUCGGGAGGUCAGGGUCAAACCAUAAUGCAGGUCCCUGUAUCUGGAGCUCAGGGACUACAGCAGAUCCAGCUGGUGCAGCCAGGUCAGAUCCAGCUGCAGGGCGGUCAGACUCUCCAGCUCCAGGGCCAGCAGGGUCAACCCCAGCAAAUCAUCAUCCAGCAGCCUCAGACAGCCAUCACCGCUGGACAGAACCAGGGGCAGCAGAUCAGCGUGCAGGGCCAACAGGUGGCACAGACUGCUGACGGACAGACCAUCGUCUACCAGCCUGUCAAUGCAGAUGGUACCGUCCUGCAGCAGGGAAUGAUCACAAUUCCAGCUGCCAGCUUGGCAGGCGCCCAGAUUGUACAGGCAGGGGGUGCCAACACCAACACUACGAACAGCAGCCAAGGCACUGUGACCGUCACCCUGCCCGUCUCUGGUAACAUGGUCAAUGCAGGUGGAAUGGUCAUGGUAAGACCCUGUGCAGAGAUGGUGCCUGGAGGCAGUGCUGUUCCCACCAUGCAGCGUAUCCCCCUGCCAGGGGCUGAAAUGUUGGAGGAGGAACCUCUGUAUGUCAAUGCCAAACAGUACCAUCGCAUCCUGAAGCGAAGACAGGCCCGAGCCAAGCUGGAGGCUGAGGGCAAGAUCCCCAAAGAACGGAGGAAAUACCUGCAUGAGUCUCGCCACCGUCACGCUAUGCAGCGUAAGCGAGGAGAUGGAGGGCGUUUCUUUUCACCGAAGGACAAGGAAGAGAUGGCUUUGGCUCUGGCACAGCAACAACAGGAUCCAGCCCAGGCAGCAGCCGAUGAGACUGUGGCUCAGAUGAUCCGAGUCUCGUAGCACUGUCACCGACAUCAUCUCUUCUGCCUGCGAACUCUGCCCUGCCCGAAACCCUUCAUCCCAGCUAACCCGCCUGCCACUCCUUCUCCUGUCCUUCCCUCCUGCCGCACAGUCAGACACACACCAGACAACAACACUGCCGCUGGGUUUCUUCAGUUAUCUCUCCACUCACACUUACACUGGUCUUCCAGGGAACUGGCCAUGUGGCUACUGAGCGUGUGGACUGCUCUGGUCUUCUUCGCUUAAAAAAUGGAGGAUUCUUCCAUGUUCAGCUUAACUGGUCCAGCACUUAGGACCAGAUAUUGAUUUUCAUAAGGAUUUGGACAAUAUUGAAACAUGAAGCUAUGGGUAACCAGGGCUAGUCACACAGAGGAAAUGACAGCUGCGAAGCCAUACUGUCAGACCCUGGUCUGUUAAGAAGAUGAGAUUUUGUCACUAGUGGAUACUUGUUGCUUUAAAUAUUUUUUGUAUAUGGUACAGAUUUUGUUUGAGAGACACUCAUUUUAAGCAUCCAUGCUACACUUGUGUCCUGUGUCUCUUCUGUGGUGCCCUGUAUUUUGACAUUUCAUUUUUUUCAACCCAUGUACUACACGGGAUGGAACUGAAAUGUGAAACAAAUGUGAAGAUAUUGUACAGAAAUUCUUUUCUUCCCCAGUGUGUAUUAGUUAUGCUUACUAAUUUACCCAAUUCUGUGGAUGCAUUUUAUACAAUUUUGUGGUUAGACAUAGUGUUUGUAAGAAAAAAAAAAUGACUCGGUGUUGCAGCAAAUUUCAUAUUCUAUCCAUGUAGUCACUUCAUUGGUGAGUCCACCUAAGCGUUAAUUUUUUUUUUCAACGUAGAUGAUAGGUUUUUUUACCCAUAAGAUGCAGUUCUGCAAUGUUAUUUUUUGAUAACGAAAAAGGUUGGACAUUGAAUUCAUUAAAUCUAUGUCAAUUAAAUUUUAUUAAGUAACUCAA